UUGGCUCUUCUCUCCAACGGGGGUUCGGCCUCCUCUCCCUAUCGCCCUUCAUCGACCACCACCGCUUCGAAGAUGGGAGACUACGGCGAUGCCAUGAUGCGCAAUAACGCCGCCGUCCAGGCGCGCACGAAAGCCCAGAACCGAGCUAACGUGCUUCAGCUCAAGCUGAUUGGGCAGAGUCAUCCUACUGGCCUUACCGCCAAUCUUUUGAAGCUUUUUGAGCCCCGACCUCCUUUGGAGUAUAAACCUCCUAUUGAGAAGAGGAAAUGCCCCUCAUAUACAGGGAUGGCACAAUUUGUGAGUCAUUUUGCCGAGCCUGGGGAUCCUGAAUAUGCUCCACCCGUCGAAAAGGGUGAAACCCCCGCACAAAGAAGAGCUAGAAUCCACAAGCUUCGGCUGGAUGAAGGUGCAAGAAAAGCUGCUGAAGAGCUCGAGAAAUAUGAUCCACAUAAAGACCCUAAUAUAACUGGGGAUCCAUACAAGACACUGUUUGUGGCAAGGCUUAACUUCGAGACUACUGAGCACAGGAUCAAAAGGGAGUUUGAAGCUUAUGGGCCAAUCAAACGGGUCCGGCUGAUUACUGAUAAGGUGACAAAUAAGCCUAGAGGAUAUGCCUUCAUCGAAUAUAUGCAUACUCGAGAUAUGAAAACUGCUUACAAGCAAGCUGAUGGGAGGAAAGUGGAUAAUAAAAGAGUACUUGUGGAUGUUGAGCGUGGUAGAACUGUUCCAAAUUGGCGACCUCGAAGAUUGGGUGGAGGACUUGGAUCAACCAGGAUAGGAGGUGAAGAGGUUAAUCAGAAGUAUUCUGGCAGGGAGCAACAGCAAGUUGCAUCUGGACGUCCUAGAUCAGAAGAGCCUAGGUCCAGGGAUGACCGCCUUUUGGAUCGGGAGAAGUCUCGAGAAAGAGGAAGGGAACGUGAGCGAGAGAGGUCACGUGAACGGUCCUAUGACAGGACACGGGAUCGUGAUACCAGAGAAGAAAGGCACCACCACAGAGAUCGGGAUAGGAAUAGGGACAGGGACAGAGACAGGGAAAGAAAUCGUGGGCGUGACCGUGAUCGGGCCAGUGACAGAGAUAGGGAGAGAGACCGUGGCCGUGACUAUGACCGAGAUCGGGAGCGUGAACGUGAUCGUGACCGUCCUCGUGAGAGGGAGCGGGAGAGGGAACGUGACAGAGAUUAUGACCGGGCAAGUCAUGAAAGAGGCCGUGGGCAUACACAUGAGAGGGAUGCUCACUAUGAUUAUAUUGAGCCAAAGCAUGAUAGGGAGAUGCCUGGGAUGAAUGUGAGAGACUUUGAUUAUGGAGAAUCUAAUCAUGGAAGAGAGUGGUAUGAUGGGCCUAAGCAUGGGCAGGAACAUGAUUAUUAUCGGUAUGAACAACAGAGAAAUCAGGAGCAAUAUGAUUAUCAAGAACACCAUGGUCUCGGCGAUCCUCAGCAUGAUUUGGAGCAUCCUAGGCGACAUGAUCAUGAAUACUAUGACCAUGCCCCCUAUGAUAAGGUGGAUCCUGUCAAUUAUCACAGUGAAUUUAAUCGUGCAGGAUCUGAAUCACGUGAGGAGGGUGAGGCAUUCGGUGACCAGGAUUAUGAGCAUCAUCGCUCAGAGAGAUCACUUUCCCAUGAAUAUGAAAACUGAAGCUUGAACAUGCGCUCCUUCAGAAUAGAGCCAAAAGGUGGAUCUAAUGCUGCUGUUCUUGAUUGAGAGUUUUAUGGUUGGAUGAUUGACUUGUGGAGUUAGUGAUCUUGCAACUAGAUGUGUAUUUAUUGAAUGUUGCUUAUAUGUUGAUACUGGUGUGGGUGAUGAACAAAGUUGCUGUGGUCAUGCAUCUUGUUUUCAGUUUUUAGGGACGUAAUCGAAUUGUCCAGCGGUCGGUGUAUAAUGCUGAAUACUUUCCAUUUUGUUCAGCAUAGUCUUGGUUGUGACUUGCAUUGAUUGCUUUUGGAGGUGAGGCAUUUGGGGCCUUCGCUGCUUCUCAAUUUGCGAUAUAUUGAAUGAGCUCAUGCAGGUGUAUAUACACGUGCGCUUAUUCAA